AUGAAAGAUCGUUUGAGUGAGCUGCGUGAAUUUGCCAGGUUGCAUAACCAACAGUUUUCUGAUAGUGAUGAUGAUGAAAAUUCACCCCAGGAUAUUCUCCUUUAUGAGACGGACUAUGCCUUGGAAAUCCUUCAUAAGGACAUACAGACCAUCCGGACAGAAAAUGACCACCUAAAAGCGGAUGUCAACCGUCUCAGAAAGCAAAACACCCGCUUCCUUACCUCCAUGCGCCGUCUUAGUAGCAUCAAACGAGAUACUAAUUGUAUUGCCAGAGACAUUAAGAGCCGUGGAGAAAGCAUUCACAGGAAACUGCAGAUAAUGAGAGAUUUCUGUGAAGAUGCAAUAACAAAAUACGGAGCUAUGUCUGUCAUUGCUAGGGUGGCAAAGAACCACUACGUUGACCUCAUGCACACAUUUCAGGACGCUAUGUUUGAUUACAAUGCAACAGAGAUGAACCAGCGGGAGAACUGCAAGAUUCGAAUUCAGCGGCAGCUGGAGAUCAUGGGCAAAGAUGUUUCUGGCCACCAGAUUGAGGAGAUGAUUGAGCAAGGCAAAUGGGAUGUCUUCUCCGAGAAUCUCUUGUCAGAUGUUAAGGGAGCUCGCGCAGCCUUGAAUGAGAUAGAGACGCGGCACAAGGAGCUGGUGAAGUUAGAAGGUCGCAUUAAAGAAGUUCAUGAGCUCUUUCUGCAGGUGGCCCUCCUAGUGGAGGAACAGGCAGACACCUUUGAUGUUAUUGAGAUAAAUAUGCAAAAUGUUGAGGACUAUGUAGGAGAUGCUAAAGACCAAGUGAAAAGAGCUUUGGAAUACAGGAGAAAACAUCCCCUCAGAACAAUACUCUGCUGCUGCAUAUCAUGUUGCAGAAGGUGA